UUGUCAUAGUGUAAACAUUGCUUUACAAUUUGUCAUAGUGUAAACAUUGCUUUACAAUACAACUGACAAGUGAACACAGAAAUAACUCUACUGAUCAAGUUCUAGAAUUGGUAACAAAAAAGCAAUCUGUAUCAGAGUUUUGAAUAAAUGGCUUUAAUUAACAUCAUGUAUAAUUUUAUUUAAACCGUUUAUGCCUAAACGAUUACAUGGCGCAGUCGAAAAAACGAAAAGUAGAAAAUUGGUGUUCGUCGCACAAAUAAUAACACAAAGUGUGUAAAGUGUAAAAAACAAAAAUUUUAAAACAAAAUAAAACUGUUAACACGUGGUUGAGAAAACUAACCAAAAACAGUGCAGUGAAAAUGGAUUCAUUAUUGCAACAACCAAAACCACUCCAACAUGAGGGUGAUAUGGCUUCCAACUGGAAAAAAUUUAGAAAAUCAUUCAGUAUAUAUAUGAUUGCCUCAAAUGCAGAAAAUCUCACAGCAUCCAGAAAGGUUAACUUGCUUUUACAUAUCAUUGGUGAGGAAGCUCAAGAUUUAUUUGAAAACCUUGGCUUAACAAACGAUGAAAUGACAAAUGUAGAGACUGUACUGGACAAGUUUGAAAAUUAUUAUGUUCCGAAAACAAAUGUAAGUGUUGAACGUCACAAAUUCAACUCACGUGUGCAACAACAAGGUGAAACAUUUGAUUCAUUUUACGCUGACUUAGUUAAAUUGGCAGCGUCCUGCAAUUAUGGUGAUAUUAAGGAUGAUUUGAUCAAAGACAGAAUUAUUUGUGGACUGAGUGACAAAACAGUAAAAAACAGACUACUUCUGGAAGAAAAUUUAACGUUGGAAAGAACUAUAAAAGUGUGUCGUGCAGCAGUAGAAGCACAAGGUCAAUUAAAAGAACUAAACAUGGACCUACCAACAACCUCAAGUAGCGUCGCACUAGUUAAACAAAAACCAAGAGACAAGAAUAAUUACAAGUCAAACAAACAAGGAAACAAAAAUUACAGCUGUUUUAAAUGUGGAUACUCGCACAAUUUUGGAAGAUGUCCAGCGUCGGGUAAAGUAUGCAAGAAAUGUGGUAAACAAAAUCAUUUUUCGCAAGUUUGUCGUUCUGGGAAAGCAUCCAUCAAAGAAGUUACGGAAACAAGUGAUUACGAAGAGGACCAAGAUGAUGUUCAGGAAUUCCGGGUAAAUUCAAUGACAUUCAACCAAACUCGAAACACAUGGACCAAGGACUUAUAUGUAAGAAACCUUAAUAAAAUAAUUAAAUUUAAAAUAGAUUCAGGCGCGCAAAAGAAUGUAAUUCCGUUACACUACCUUGGUAAAAAUACCCAAAUUAAUAAAACUAGGGUCAAGCUUUUGAAUUAUUCGGGCCAAACAAUAAAAGUACAGGGAUCGAUUAGUUUUGAUAUUGAUUAUAUGAACAAAGUACAUAAACUCGAAUUCAUAGUUGUAAAUGAAGCAAAGGCUUGUCCGAUUCUAGGCUUAGAUGCUUCCAUAGGAUUGCAAAUAAUUGCACGUAUAGACACUAUAAAUAACGAUAUGAUAAAGGCAUACGCGCACUUGUUCAGGGGUAUUGGCGAAAUAAAAAAUAUUAGAUAUAAAAUCAAACUAAAAAAGGACUAUGAGCCAGCCAUUGCGACAUGUAGAAAGGUUCCUUUCCAUUUAAUGCCCAAAUUAAAAGCAGAAUUAGAAAAACUUAAAAAGCUGGGAAUCAUAGAAGCGGUGAACGAACCAACAGAAUUUGUAAAUCCUAUUGUCCUCGUAAAAAAACCUAACAACGAAAUACGAAUCUGUUUGGAUCCAGCUAAAUUAAAUGAUGCUUGUGUCUUAGAUAAAAAUCACAUUCCUACAUUUGAUGAACUAACGAACGAUAUCGCGGGGGCAACUCACUUCAGCACUUUAGAUGCAAAUAGAGGGUUUUGGCAAAUAAAAUUAGAUAAAGAAAGCUCCUUACUUACGACAUUCAUAACCCCUUUGGGUAAAUUCAAAUUUAAUCGUUUAUGUUUCGGUUUGGCAAUAGCACCAGAAGUCUUCCAAAACGUGUUCAAUGCUAUAUUCGGUGACAUACCUAAUGUUAAAAUUUAUAUUGACGAUAUUCUCAUACACGCGAAAAGUCAAAUAGAACAUGACGAAAUUCUACUCAAAGUGCUAGAAAGAGCCGAGCGUUACGGAGUGCGAUUUAACAAAGAAAAAUGUAAAAUUAAUACGAAAGAAAUAAGAUACGUGGGUCACAUCAUAUCUUCAGACGGGGUUCGGAUUGAUCCAUUACGAAUUAAGGCAAUUAGUGAAAUAAACCCUCCAAAAAAUGUAAAAGAACUAAGCAGAUUCUUAGGUAUGAUCAAUUUUGUCAACAAAUACAUUCCGAAUAUGGCUAGUCAAACCGCAAAUCUAAGACAACUAUUAAAAAAAGACACACAUUUCGUUUGGUCGGAACAUCACCAAAUAGAAUUUAAUAACCUAAAGUUAUUACUCGUAAAUUCACCGAUAUUAAAACAUUUUAACGAAAAAGAGAUGCUGACGCUUUCGGUAGACAGCUCCAAGGACGGGUUAGGAGCCGUAAUCUUACAGGGAAACAGACCAAUAGCGUACGGGUCUAAAACCCUAACGCAAUCCCAACAAAACUAUGCGCAGAUAGAAAAAGAAAUGCUGGCGAUAGUUUUUGGGUGCCAGAAAUUCCAUCAGUAUCUCUAUGCGAAGCGUUUUUUAGUCGAAACGGACCAUAAGCCUCUUGUUGCAAUUUUUAAAAACCCACUGGAUAAAUGUCCACUUCGGAUACAACGUCUCAAAAUUACGCUUGAAAAUUACGAUUUUGAAGUUUAUUACAAACCGGGUAAAAAACUGUUUUUCGCUGAUACUCUCUCAAGAGCGAGUCUGCCGGACACUGAGUUCAAAAUUAAUGAACAAGAUUUAAAUGCUCAUAUCAGCAUAAUCUCUGACAUAUCAGAACUUAGUAAAGAUAAAUUAACCGAAAUUAAAGACGCAUCCAAGACUGACAAAACACUUAUAGAGCUAGGGAAAACGGUUCGGAAUGGAUGGCCAGAGUUAAAAAAAAAUCUUAAACUUGAACUCACUGCGUAUUGGCCAUUCCGUGACGAAAUUGUAUUUAUGAAUGACUUAUUAUACAAAGGUAAUCAAAUUAUUAUACCUACAGCUUUACGCAAAGAAACCUUAAAACAGUUACACUAUCCACACUUAGGCGUUGAUAAGACUGUUUGGAGAGCCAGAGAUUUAGUUUUCUGGCCAAAUAUAUAUAACGAUAUCAAAAACACUUGCAACACAUGCGAAACAUGUCUUAAAUUUAGUAAAGCGAACACAAGAGAACCAUUCCUUACAACAGAGACACCGGAAGGUCCAUGGCAGCUAUUAGCCUGCGAUCUGUUUAGCUUAAAUGGUAAAGAGUAUCUUCUACUGGCUGAUAAAUACUCUAAAUAUAUUGAAAUCGCUUCCUUAAAUAAUUCCACUAAUAGCAAAACAGUAAUUGAAAAACUCAAAUGCUGGUUUUCAAAAUUUGGCAAGCCACUAAAACUGUACACCGAUAAUGGCCCACAAUUCGAUUGUUGGGAAUUUAAUAAUUUUAUGAAAGACUGGGACAUUCGACAUGUUACAUCAUCUCCUCGAUACCCCCAGUCAAACGGAUUCAUAGAAAGACAAGUGCAAAUUGCUAAAAAACUACUUAAAAAAUCAAUUGAUGACAAUCAAGAUAUAUACAUGAUGCUAUUAGAUUACAGAUCUACUCCCAUUGGCAGAGACAUGCCCUCUCCUGCUGAAAUAAUGUUUGGCAGGAAAAUCCGAGCCAGUAUUCCAAUUAGUGUAGAAAAACUAAAGCCCUGUUAUAACACAAAAAAGUUAGACAGCUUUUUAUCCACAAACAAAAAUAAACAAAUGAAUUAUUAUAACAAAAAAGCCCAUGAGAAAUGCGAACUCAAAGUCGGAAAUGAAGUUAUGUUAAACGAAUGUGGUAAAUGGCACAGAGGCUAUAUUGUAGGAAUUUCCCCUGUCAGACCUAGGUCUUACGUUGUGAAGCUUGGUAAUGGUUCGGAACUAGUAAGAAAUAGAAAAUUUAUUAAACAAAUUUCAAUAAAUAAGUCCAUGAAGGAACAGCAUGAUCAGUUGUAUGAAAAACUGCUUGAUGAAUUAAUUCCCAAAAAUACGGAAACCUCUGUUAGGCCCAAACCUAUUGAAAAUAAAGUAAUAGAAAACCCACAAAACAAUGUUAUAACUUUACAAAAUAAUGAACCGAGGGAAAGACCUCAAAAUAGUGGGGUAACAUUACAAAAUAAUGAACCGGGCGGAAGACCUCAACGCCAAAAAAGAAUACCGUCUUAUCUAAAAGAUUAUCUGAGAUGAGUAGGAAAAUUCAAUUAGAUUUCACAUUGCUACUUUGUGAGAAAGGUAGUAUUAAAAGUGUUCGCAGAAUUGCGAGUUUUGUUUAUAGAAUUUUUAUUUAUUUAAUUAGUGAUAUUUCAAAUAAAAUUAAUUUUAAAAUUGUAAGAGUAUUAAGUAAUUUAAAUGUAAACAACUUUAGAGCUUGAAAAGGGAGAUGUCAUAGUGUAAACAUUGCUUUACAAUUUGUCAUAGUGUAAACAUUGCUUUACAAUACAACUGACAAGUGAACACAGAAAUAACUCUACUGAUCAAGUUCUAGAAUUGGUAACAAAAAAGCAAUCUGUAUCAGAGUUUUGAAUAAAUGGCUUUAAUUAACA